AUGGGCAAGCAACAGACAAAAAUCCCACCCCUCAUUGGGUGGCUGUACGAUCUGGUGCUCUGGUCCUUCUCCGUGCUGAUCGACCUCUUCUUCCGCGAGGUGCACCCGCGAGGAUCAUGGAAAAUCCCUCGUCGCGGUCCCAUUAUCAUCGUCGCUGCCCCUCAUGCGAAUCAGUUCGUUGAUUCCCUCGUCCUCAUGCGCGUCAUUCGCAGCGAAGCGCACCGUCGGAUUUCAUGGCUGAUCGCAGAGAAGUCCUUCCGACGCAAGUUCAUCGGACUACUUGCGAGGGGUAUUGGAACGCUCCCGGUGGCCCGCGCCAUGGAUAACUUGAAACCCGGAAAAGGCACGAUCUACCUACCCGAUCCUGUCAACGAGCCGACCCUUUUGCGAGGCGUGGGAACAAACUUUGAAGACCCGACAUUUGAAGUGGAGGGUACAAUUGCGCUGCCAACCAUCAAUGGAACCUCACACAGCACGGCUAUAGCGGAAAUCCGCGGACCAGAGGAACUCGUCCUCAAGAAGCCUUUCAAGCAUAGGGAUGCAUUGAUCCAGCUUACAGGAAGACAGGAUAUUGGUAAGGAUGGUAAAUUCUCGGGUGAUGCGGCAGAUAAGAACUCGGACUUUGAGGGCACCAAAUUCAAGGUUGCGCCACACGUGGAUCAAACCGCUGUCUACGAAGCUGUCUUCGGGAGAUUGAAUGCUGGCGGCUGUGUGGGAAUCUUCCCAGAAGGUGGUAGCCAUGACCGUACCGAGUUACUCCCUCUCAAAGCUGGUGUGGCUCUCAUGGCUCUUGGUACUCUGGCGGACAAUCCGGAUUGUGGUCUGAAGAUUGUGCCCACUGGCAUGAACUAUUUCCAUGCCCAUAAGUUCCGCUCUCGCGCAGUUAUUGAAUUUGGCAAGCCGAUUGAAGUCCCCCGGGAAUUGGUAGAGCAGUUCAAGAAAGGCGAACGUCGUGAGUCUGUCGGCGCCCUCUUGGAUAUCAUCUACCAAAGUCUCGUCGCUGUCACUGUUACCAGCCCUGAUUAUGAAACACUCAUGGUCAUUCAAGCAGCACGUCGCCUGUACAACACCAAGGGAAAGAAGCUUCCUCUUCCGAUGGUCGUGGAGCUUAAUCGUCGACUCGUAAAGGGAUACGCACAUUUCAAAGAUGAUCCACGCAUUGUCAACCUCCGGAAAUCUAUCGUGAACUACAACAAACAGCUUCGCAUUUUAGGUAUCCGAGACCACCAGGUUGCAUACGCCAAGUUCUCUAUUUUGCAGGUCAUUGCUACGUUGAUCUAUCGCUUGGGCAAAUUGGUUCUCCUGACGAUUGGAACAUUGCCUGGCUUGCUUCUUUUCGCCCCUGUCUUUGUUGCAACCAAGUAUCUCUCGAUCAAAAAGUCAAAGGAAGCUUUGGCUGCUUCCACUGUCAAGCUCCAGGGCCGGGAUGUUAUGGCAACCUGGAAGCUUCUAAUUGCACUUGCAUUUGCUCCGGCUGUCUAUGCAUUCUACUCUGCAGCAUUGACUUACUGGACCUAUCGAAACCGAGUGCAGGGCUUAAUUCCUGACUGGGUUCCCCUCUGGCUGGUUGUUAUGAUUGGCAUGGUUCUCUUCCCCACCAUUACCUUCGCUGCCCUGCGUAUUGGUGAGGUGGGCAUGGAUAUUGUCAAAUCGCUUCGACCACUGGUUCUUUCUCUGAACCCUUCGUCGGCCAAUACACUAGUGAAACUCCGAGAAAAGCGGGCUUCUCUUGCCCAGCAGGUCACGGAUGCCAUUAACACCAUGGGUCCUGAGCUAUUCCCUGACUUUGAUGCUGCUCGAAUUGUCACGGAUCCGUUCCGUGAGGUCAGUUAUGAAGGUGCCGCCGAUGAAGAGCAGGAGGAUAAACAAGUUGGUGAGACCGUAAUGAACCAUACCUCGCCGAGCGCGGAGCCUCUGCCUCGGAAUGAAUCCUUCCAUAACCUGGCCAACAUUGGCUUCUUCUCCACAAGACCGCCAAGCCGCAACCGCAGCCGCAGCAGCUCCGCGGCACCCCGUCCUGGCUCUCGGCAUGGUCUUAAACCGCUCAGCCCCAUGACCGCUAAAGACCCAUUGGAGGACGUCAGCUCGCGGAUCCGAGAUGCUAUGAGAGAGCGCGGUGAACGACGCCGCCGCCGGAGUGAAGAUGGAAGCUGGGAUAUGGCUAGUUCGGGAACAAGAACCCCGUCUAGCGGCGAUGAAUCCCGAAAAGAUCUAUGA